AUGGCAACUCUCAGCGAAAUCGCAGCCCACAUUACCGAGCAUGCUAAGCUCCUCGACGAGCAUCUGCAAUCGAAGAAUCUACCCCCUCCUUCAUUCGCUAUCGAUGCACCCCCUGACUUUCCUAACCCGGAGAAGGAUCCCCGUGUUGAAGCUGCUCGGGUGGCCCUGAUUGAGGAUACCCAGACCUUGCGGAAUCUGGCACUUGGUCCGGCGCACGUGGUGAGGGAGGUUGGUUGGAGUCUCCUCCUCCGCCAAUCCUCCACAAUCGGCCUCUUCCACGAACCAUCCCCGAACCAUAUCGCGCAUACUGCCUCUUCAGCUCUGUUGUUCAAAGAUAAGGCGUUGAAUGAUUGGUUCGGACAUCAUCUUGAAGAGGUGUUUCCGGCGGGGGUGGAGUUGGCGGAUGUGGUAGCUGGGGGUGAAGGGAUAGGGAUGGGGAAGGGAAAAAGUGCAUUUAGAGUUGCAUUUGGGGUUAAGGAAUCUUUUUGGGAGUUUUUAGAGAUGAAUCCCGAACGACAGAGGAGGUUCUUGGGGGCGAUGAAGGCGGUGGGUGGGGAUGGAGACGGGGGACAUGAUUUAGGGCAUGUGGUGGGGGGUUGGGAUUGGGGGGGUUUGCCCGAGGGGGCGGUGGUUGUUGAUGUCGGCGGCUCCUCCGGCCCCCUCAGCAUCGCCCUCGCCCAAUCCACAAUCCACACCAACCCGAACCUUACCUUCAUGGUGCAAGACUACGCCCACACCAUUGACUCCGGACGCGCUGACGUAUAUGUACUUCGUCAUGUAUGUCAUAAUUGGUCGGAUGGUCAUGCGGCGAGGAUUCUGGGUGGGAUUGUGCCUGUUAUGAAGAGGAGUAGUAGGAUUCUGUUGGUGGAGGUGGUGGUGGUUGAGCCCGGGGUGGUGGGGAGGGUGCAGGAGAGGUAUAUGCGGAAUGUCGAUGUGACUAUGUUUCAGAUGUUGGGGACCCAAGAGAGGAGUAGGGAGGAUUGGGAGAGGGUGGUGGGGAUAGUGGAUGGGGGCAAUGGGAAGGGAAAGUUGGGGAUUAAGGGGGUGUCGAAGCCUGAGGGAAGUUGGGAUUCGAUUAUUGAGGUUGGGUUUGUCUGA